AUGUCGGAGCAAGUUAAUAAUACAAGUGAUGACCAACUUUUUGAAUUGGGGGUCAAACUUAAAAGGGAAAAUUCAAACCGGUUCACCGUAGGCCUUCACAAGUGCCAGAAGGUUGAAAUAUGGGAUAGCCUCCCGGGUGCUAGAUACAAUGCAGGUCGUUAUCAACUAGGGGAACGAAUUAUGAAAGUUCUGGACUAUAUGUACAAAGAUAAGAUUGUAAAAUAUUUUGAAAAGGGAUGGCAGUUUGCAAAAUUCAACAUUGUGCGAAUUGACAAGGCUCGCAAACAACAAAAUGGAUACGAUUGUGGUAUCUUCGUUAUGAAUUGGCUAGAAGAUAUUCAAUGCACAUCACACGGUUCAAAUAAAUUUCAACAUGCAACUGAGUGGGUUCGUGUUGCACUAUCAUUGCUGAAGAACCCAAACAACACGUGUCUAAAGGAAGUAAGGGAGUCCGCUCGAAGAGUUGUUGACGAAGAACUUGACAAGUUGGCUAAACAACAUGGUCCCUUCAUCCCUCAUCAUCCCAUUGCAAGGAAGCCAAUGACACGCUCCCAGGCAAAGUAG